AUGUCUGACUUCCCACCUAACUUAUCGAUUCGCCCCUUGACAAUCGAAGAUCUCGAGCAAUGUAUUGAAUUGGAGAAUAAAGGAUUUCCCGAGGCCGAAAGGUGCACUCCAGAAAAGUUGAAGUACAGAUUGACCACAUGCCCGGAACUAUGUUCCGGUUUGUUCAUCAGGCAGUAUGGGUACAAGUACAAUGCUGUGAACUUACCUGAGGUCGCCGCUAAAUUGGAAAAGGAGAGGAAGGACAGCCCCGAAAAGGAAAGCGAGGCUGGAUCGAAGAAUGAGGAUGAUUUGGCUGAAGUAGAUGACGAAGACGAUGACAUCAGCUACGAAAAGCUACCUGUGAAGCUGUCUGUGGUCAACGAGACGCUUAUAGGCCACAUUAUUGCCACCAAAGUUUAUUCCAACAGAAUCACUGAGUCAUCGAUGAAACUUCCAUCAGCAGAAGAUCCUACUGCCGGCCACAUUGAGCAAUCGAGAAACAUUGGAGUCCACGGCUUAGUGAUUGACCCUAAAUGGCAAGGCAAGAACUUGGGCACUUUGUUGAUGCACGACUACAUCCAGAAGUUGUCGAACCAAGAUGUAGGAAACAAGGUUGUUAUCAUUGCCCACAAGGAAUUGGUUCCUUUCUAUGAGAAGAUUGGUUUCGUCAACCAUGGAGAGAGCGAGUGCAAGUUUGCUGGCAGCUCUUGGUUUGACAUGAGUAUCGAUUUGAUUGCUCAAGAGUAA